CCUUCGGGUGUCCAUGCCUCGGUGGCCGCGUCCCGCUCCACAGCGAGCGGCCUUCAAGCAGUAGCCAUGGCCGCAGUGGCCGUCCUCCGGAACGACUCUCUGCAGGCCUUCCUCCAGGACCGCACCCCCAGCGCCUCCCCGGACCUGGGCAAGCACUCGCCUCUGGCUCUGCUGGCCGCCACCUGUAGCCGGAUCGGCCAGCCCGGCGCGGCAGCGGCACCCGACUUUCUUCAGGUGCCCUACGACCCAGCUCUGGGCUCACCCUCCAGGCUUUUCCACCCGUGGACCGCCGACAUGCCUGCGCACUCGCCAGGUGCUCUGCCGCCCCCGCACCCCAGUCUGGGGCUGACGCCACAGAAAACACACCUGCAGCCGUCCUUCGGGGCCGCUCACGAGCUCCCGCUCACGCCCCCCGCGGAUCCGUCGUACCCUUACGAGUUCUCGCCGGUCAAGAUGCUGCCCUCGAGCAUGGCCGCUCUGCCUGCCAGCUGCGCGCCCGCCUACGUGCCCUACGCUGCUCAGGCCGCGUUGCCCCCGGGCUACUCCAACCUGCUGCCCCCGCCGCCACCUCCGCCUCCACCGCCCACCUGCCGCCAGUUGUCUCCUGCCCCGGCCCCAGAUGACCUCCCCUGGUGGAGUAUCCCACAGUCCGGCGCGGGGCCGGGGGGCUCUGGGGUUCCAGGGACCAGCCUCUCUAGCGCCUGUGCCGGGCCCCCCCACGCUCCUCGCUUCCCUGCUUCAGCUGCCGCUGCUGCAGCGGCUGCCGCUGCCCUGCAACGGGGCCUUGUGUUGGGCCCGUCGGACUUUGCACAGUACCAGAGCCAGAUCGCCGCGCUGUUGCAGACCAAGGCCCCCCUGGCGGCCACGGCCAGGAGGUGCCGCCGCUGCCGCUGCCCCAACUGCCAGGCGGCUGGCGGUGCCCCCGAGGCAGAGCCGGGCAAAAAGAAGCAACACGUGUGCCACGUGCCGGGUUGUGGCAAGGUAUACGGCAAGACGUCGCACCUGAAGGCGCAUCUGCGCUGGCACACGGGCGAGCGGCCCUUCGUGUGCAACUGGCUUUUCUGCGGCAAGAGCUUCACGCGCUCGGACGAGCUGCAGCGGCACCUGCGGACUCACACGGGAGAGAAGCGCUUCGCCUGUCCCGAGUGCGGCAAACGCUUCAUGCGCAGCGACCACCUUGCUAAGCACGUGAAGACCCACCAAAAUAAGAAGCUCAAAGUCGCUGAGGCCGGGGUGAAGCGGGAGAACCCGCGGGACCUAUGA